CUCUGACCUUCCGUGAGCAACAGUGUGCCGUAUACAACCACCGAAUUGACAUGUUCAAAGGUUAUCCAUCGCCCAUGGACUGGGUGCCACGUUACAGCGGCGUGGCCAAGCGUGACCAAUGCAAGCUGACUUGCCAAUCCCAUGCCUUGGGCUACUAUUACGUGCUGGAGCCAAGGGUGGCUGAUGGGACGCCCUGCACGCCGGACUCUACCUCGGUCUGUGUCCAGGGACGCUGUGUCCACGCUGGCUGCGACCGCGUCAUCGGGUCCAAGAAGAAGUUUGACAAAUGCAUGGUGUGCGGUGGAGACAAUUCGAGAUGCACAAAAAUCUAUCGCUCUUUCACCAAGCCUCAGUACGGCUACAACGACGUGGUCACCAUCCCUGCCGGAGCCACCAGCAUUCUGAUCCGGCAGAUCAGCAGCUCGGCCACGUCCAGCGACGGCAUCUACCUGGCCCUCCGCCGGCAGGACGGCUCCUACGCCCUGAACGGCAACUACAUCCUGAUCCCCUCCGAACAGGAUGUUCACCUUCGGGGCGGUGUCACUUUGCGCUACACGGGGGCCACCAAACCCAUGGAGAUGAUCACCGGCCCGGGACCACUGAAAGAGCCGCUCACCGUGCAAGCUUUGGUGGUGUCCGAUCAGAAGACCCCUCGUCUUAAAUACACCUUCUUCGUCCCCAAGCCCACGAAACGCCUCUCCAACCAGUGGCUGAAACAGAAAGCCAGGAUUUUGGAGGUGCUACAGAGCCGGCGAGGACGCAAAUAGGGCCUCUGGACACGAGGAUGUGAGGCAACCGGG